AUGGAUGCUCGGGUGCUUGGAGAUGGAUCGUUUCUUUGGCCUAUUUCAAGUCAUAGCAGCAUGGGAGCUCAGAUUAAUAAUAUACUUAUUCAGCCAGUGAUACUGAGUGAAACCAUUGCUAGCUUGCAGCAGGCAGCUGAAGUUUCUCAGCUGAGAGGAGCUCGAGUCAUCUCUGCUGAAGAUCUCCUGUUCUUAAUGCGUAAAGAUAAGAAGAAGCUUAGAAGGCUGCUUAAAUACAUGUUUUUUCGAGACUAUAAAUCUAAAAUUGUCAAAGGAAUAGAAGAGGACGACCUCCUUGAAGACAAAUUCAACAGUAAUAAUACCAACAAACGGCAGAAGCUUGCUCAAGACUUUCUCAACUCCAUUGACCAGACUGGAGAGCUCUUAGCCAUGUUUGAAGAUGAUGAGAUUGAUGAUAUCAAGCAAGAGCGGAUGGAGAGAGCAGAAAGACAAACACGAAUGAUGGACUCGGCCCAGUAUGCAGAGUUUUGUGAAAGUCGGCAAUUGAGUUUUUCAAAGAAAGCGUCCAAGUUUCGUGACUGGUUGGAUUGUAGCAGUAUGGAAAUAAAGCCAAAUGCAGUUGCAAUGGAGAUUUUGGCAUACUUAGCGUAUGAGACUGUGGCACAGUUGGUGGACUUGGCUCUUUUGGUUAAGCAGGACAUGACUCCCAAAGCUGGUGACCCGUUCAGUCAUGCCAUAUCCGCCACCUUCAUACAGUACCACAACUCUACGGAGCCACACCUCUUAGGGCAAUCUGCAAGUGUGAAGACCAGUCUUGACUCUCCUGAAAACACACCACCUCCUACACCCACACCCCCAGCAUCAGCAGGACAGCAACAUCUUGGGAAAACCCCAUCAGGAGCCCUGGGGAAUGGUGGAAUUGGACAGGACUCUACCAAAUCCAAACAAAGGAAAAGAAAAAAGAGCACUGCAGCCUGUGGUAUAGAGGCUCAAAGUGAUGCCAUCCAGCCCAGCCACAUCAGAGAGGCCAUUCGACGCUACGGCCACAAGAUUGGCCCCCUUUCCCCAUUCACA